AUGUUACAACUUUGUGAAAUAAUUGAAGAAUAUGGAAAUAAAAUAAAAGGAGAAAAUGGAAUUAAUUAUAAAAUAAUUACUUUUGGUUAUUUAUUUAAUAUUUAUGAAUAUAUUUCUGAUAAGGUUGUUGGAAUUUUACUUCGAGCAAGAAAACAUAAAAUGGUUGAUUUUGAAGGGGAAAUGCUUUUUCAAAGAAGAGAUGAAAAUAAAAUUAUUAAAUUACUUUUAAGUCGUGAAAAUAUUGAAAAAUAUUUAAAAGAAUUGGAAAUUAAUUAA